AUGUGCUACAUCCCAGUCUUCUGCUGGAUCACUGCUACAGUUCUGGAGGAUGUGUUGAAAACCAGAGAGGUAGGAGAGCUGCCCAAGAACCUGACUGAGAUGUACAUUCACUUCUUGGUGAUCCAGGCCAAAGUGAAGAAGGUCAAGUAUGAUGGAGGAUUUGAGACAGAUCCACACUGGAGUCCAGAGAAAAAAGAUUUGGAUGUGUUUGACCUGAAGAAAUACUCUGCUUCAGAGAAGGCUUUUCUGAGGCUGCUGCCAGUGAUCAAAGCCUCCAACAAAGCUCUCUGUGAAGUCUUGUCCUCAGUUCUCACCUCACAAUCCUGCAAUCUGAGAGAACUGGACCUGAGCAGCAAUGACCUGCAGGAUUCAGGAUUGAAGCUUCUAUCGACAGGACUAGAAAGUCCAUAUUGUAACCUACAAAGUCUCAGAUUGACUUCCUGUUACUUAACAGAGAGAAGCUGUGAAGCUCUGUCCUCAGUUUUCCUCUCCCAGUCCUUUCGUCUGAGAGAGCUGGACCUCAGUAACAAUGACCUGCAAGAUUCCGGUGGAAUUCUACUUUCUGCUGGAUUGAAAAAUCCACACUGUACACUGAAAAGUCUCAGUCUUUCAGGCUGUCUUAUUGCACAGAGAGGCUGCAUUUCUCUGGCUUCAGCCCUGAGCUCCAACCCUUCCCAUCUGAGAGAGCUUGACCUGAGCUACAAUCAUCCAGGAGAGUCAGGAAUGAAGCUGCUUUCAGCUGGACUAAAGGAUCCACUCUGGAGACUGGAAACACUCAGGUACAGAAGGAAUGCCUGA